AUGUUGGGGACCAAGCUCACCAUCACUGUCCUGUUUGUGUCCUGUGUUGCUGGAGUCCUGGGCAAUGGGCUGGUGCAGUGGAUGGCUGUAUUCUGCAUGGCCCUCAUGGUCACCAUGAUCUGGUUCUUCAGCCUGGCCCUGGCUGACUUUACUGUCCUCUUGUCUGUGCCCAUUUCCAUGUGUAUCAUGGUCUAUGGCUGGUGGCCUUCUGCUAACAUGGUCUGUAAACUCUACAUGGCCUUUUCAGUUCUCACCUUCUUUGUCAGCAUCGAUUUGCUGUGGAUCAUCUCUGUGGAUCCCUGCAUUUUGGUGCUGUACCGCGUGUGGACCAGAAACCACAGAACGGUGCAGCGAGCCCUAUGGCUGUCCACGCUGGUGUGGCUGCUGGAACCUGUUGCCUGUUUCCUAUACUUGAAGUUCUGAACUACUGGGAAACUACGUGGCUGUGAAUGCUGCUCCUUCGACUCCAAUUCAGAGAAAGAGACAGGGCAGGAUUGGAGUGCAACGGUUGCCUAGCAACAGACAGCACUAGCCAUCACCCACUUGCUGCUUGGCUUCCUGGUACUCCUGACCGUCGUCAGCGUCUGUGCCCACUGCAUCCGGUCCAGGUUUGGGAUGGAGGGCUGGGUGCACGCAAGGCGGCCCACGAAGCUGCUGCUGGUGGUUGUAAGCGCCUUCCUCAUCUUCUGGUUCCCUUUUAGCGUGGUGCUCUUGGUGAAGUCAGUGCUUCUGACGUCUCUACGGCAGCCCCACUACCCCAAGACGGGGCUCGUCUCAUGGGCUGCCUUCACCUUGGGCUGCCGCAACCCCUUCCUCUAUGUCUUCAUUGGCAGAGAUUUCCAGCAGAAAGAUUUCCAGUCUCUAUCUUCUGCCCUGGCUACAGUGUUUGGGGAAGACGGUUUUAUCAGUCAUCCCGUCCCUGAGGCCAAUACCGCAGCAGAGGGUAGAAACCUUACAGUUCAAACUAGAAGUCCCCCUUCAUUGUCUGUAAGCAAAUACAUUAACUUCUGA